AUGAAUAACAACAAGGAGUCGGGCGUCUUCUCAGACGACGUGCACUUCCCCAAAGAUGGCACAAUCUCCCCUUCAACAGACCGCGAGGAACUUCAAAUCUUUUCCGUUGGCGAGAUCCUACAAUCACAGGGCGUCACUCGCAUAGAGGCAGUCUAUCGUAAAGCCAAGCAGAACCGCAUCUCCCUCUACCUCGUUGGUCUAUCCGUCCUCGUCUGCGCCUGGGCCUACUCCCUCGACAGCUCGACUACCUCUUAUUACAGCAUGGACGCCUCUUCCUACUACAAACGGCAUUCAUCCGUGCUAUCGACCCUCUCCAUUGCCACGAGCAUCAUCUCAGCCAUUUCGAAGCCCUUCAUCGCAAAGAUCUCCGACACCACGUCUCGUCCAUACACCUACAUCGUGACGCUGUUCUUCUACGUCCUCGGAUACGUAAUCGCCGCUUCAAGCACAUCAAUCUCCGCCUAUGUCGUCGGCGAAGGCUUCGUCGCCAUUGGCUCCUCCGGUCUCGACCUCACCAACGAUAUCAUCGUCGCCGAUCUGACACCCCUGGAGUGGCGCGGCUUCGUCAGCUCGCUGCUCUCGGCCCCUUUCAUCAUCAACACUUGGUUCGCUGGGAAGAUUGUCGACGCGAUGCAGGCUCGCAACCAGUGGAGAUGGGGAUACGGUAUGUUUGCCAUCAUUAUGCCCGCCGCUCUCGGCCCGGCGAUCGCGACAUUGCUGUACCUCGACAGGAAGGCGAAGAAGGACGGCAUCGUCAACCUGGCUUCCGCGAAUGCGGCGCGUCGUGCUGCAAGGGAGUUGGCAGAGAAGAAGGGCUAUGAUGGACCGCGUGGAGCUAUUGUAGCUCCGGCUGCUGAGCCAGCGGGCACUUGGACAGAAGGCCUAAAGCGCAACUUGAUCGAAAUCGAUGCGCUUGGUCUGAUACUCUUGGGCUUUGGCUGGAGUUUGCUGCUUCUGCCAUUCAGUCUCAAAACUUAUGCCAAUAACGGUUGGAGAAAUCAGUCACUCAUUGCCAUGAUGGUUGUUGGAGGCAUCUUGCUUAUCGCGUAUGUGGUCUAUGAGAUCAAGUGGGCAAAGGUACCCAGCGCACCGCGCAGACUGGUCAUGAACAAGACGUUCCUUAUGGCCAUCGUCAUCGACUCAUUCUACAUGCUGGCAGGUAAUAUGCGCGGCUUAUACUGGUCAUCUUACGUAUACAUUGCGAAGCCUUGGUCCUCGCAAGACUGGGUGUAUUACAACAACACCCUGACACUUGCGCUUUGUGUCUUUGGCAUGGUCUCAGGUCUGCUACAGCGAUGGACCCAUCGUUACAAGAUGCUUCAGGUCUUCGGUCUUUGUAUCAAGAUCAUUGGGAUCGGCAUCAUGAUCGAUGGUCCCCGAGCCACCAACUCCACCGCGCCCAUGGUCAUCUCGCUGAUCAUGAUCGGUGCCGGCGGUGCUUUCUCCGUCGUAGGCUCACGCGUAGCGUCCCAGGCCUCCGUCCCUCAUCAGGACGUUGCCUUGGCCAUUGCCUUGCUCUCUCUGUGGUCCAAGAUUGGUAGCUCCAUAGGCAGUGCCAUCGUGGCGGUUAUUUGGGCCGACAAGAUGCCCAAACUCUUGCGCCAGUAUCUACCUGCGACUGCGACUGAUAAGGACGUCAAGACUCUCUUCGGCAGCGUCCGCACCAUUCGGACCAAGUACGCAUUCGAUGAUCCGAUGAGACAGGGUGCCAUCGAGGCGUACCGCCGCACAUUGUACUAUUGCCUGGUGCCAGCUUUAGCCCUGGCGUUUGUCCCUCUCAUUGCCGCGCUCUUCCAAACCAACUUCUAUCUGGGCAAGCAGCAAAACGCGGUGACCAACGUCGGCAACGAUGGUCAAGUUCUGAAGGAGGAGGACCACAACUCCAAAAUUUUACCCUCACCAAAAAGCAAGAAGGAGGCGUUCCUUAGGUUCUGGGCCGGGCAGAAAUGA